AUGGGCAGACUAUCUGGUACCUCUUGCAGGAGGAAGCCUGUCAGGCUGAUAGAGAGGGAAAUCUUGGCAGCCCUUGCCGGCUUUUCCUCCUGGCUGGGACUUCGAGGCUGUAGAGAAGGCCGCGCUUGGACUGGUUUUGUACAAAAGCGCAUCAUUCCCAGUCCCAACUUGGGAAUGGGUCUUCUCAUCAUGCCUCUAAGCUAUCAAUCUCUCUACUGUCAACGACUAUCACCAACGACAACAACUCUUGACUCUUCAAUUCGGUUGUCCUUCCAACUCGGACUCAACUUUAAAGUCACAUUUAAGAACAAGGAGGAUGUUGAGGCGUUGGGACCCGUCUCAACACAUUCGCAACAAGGCCAGGUCUUGGAAGACCCGAACGCGUCUUACGAUGCUGUCUUUGGUGAAAUUAAAGAGGGCGGCCCCAACUACCGCAAUGUUGGUUGGAAAGGAACAGUCGCCUUGAUGAUGAAGACGCAGAUUGGCCUGGGAGUUUUGUCCAUUCCCGGUGUCUUUGACGUCCUCGGAAUUGUGCCUGGUGUGAUUGCCCUGUGCUGCAUCGCCGCUAUCACCACGUGGUCCGAUUACAUUGUUGGUGUCUUCAAGCUUCGCCACCCCGAGGUCUACGGUAUCGACGAUGUUGGACGCCUUCUCUUUGGCCGCGUGGGUCGCGAGUUCUUCGGCAUCGUCUUCUGCCUUUACUGGAUCUUCGUCGCCGGCUCUGGCAUGCUAGGUGCCUCGAUCGCGCUCAACUCGGUUUCCCUUCACGGUGCAUGCACGGCUGGCUUCGUCGCCAUUGCCGCAGCGAUUGGUUUCUGCUUCGGUAGCAUCCAGACCCUCGGAAAGAUAACCUGGUUCGCCUGGGUCGGUCUCAUCUGCAUCAUGUCUGCCAUCUUCACCGUCACCGUUGCCGUGGGUGUACAGGACCGACCGGCUGCCGCUCCCCAGACUGGACACUGGACCUCGGACUACAAGGUCGCUUCCUCGGCGCUUUCGACGCUCGUCUUUGCCUUCGCCGGUACCCCUGCCUUCUUCUCCAUCGUCUCUGAGAUGCGCGAUCCUCGCCACUACACUCGCGCUCUGGUCAUCUGCCAGGGUGGUGUGACUGCCACCUACAUUGCCAUCGGAUGCGUUGUCUACUACUUCUGCGGUUCUUACGUCGCCUCGCCUGCUCUUGGCUCCGCAGGUGCGACCAUGAAGAGAGUCUGCUACGGUCUUGCCUUCCCCGGCUUGAUUGUUACCACUACUCUGGUUAUCCACUUGCCCGCCAAGUACAUCUUCAUUCGCCUGCUACGUGGAUCCCGUCACUUGACCGAGAACACCAUGAAGCACUGGGGUAUCUGGCUCGCCUGCACUGCAAGCAUCGCAAUCAUCGCCUACGUCAUUGCCAGCUCCAUUCCCGUCUUUGAUGGCCUGGUAGCCCUCGUCGGUGCCCUCUUCGGUACUCUGUUGUCUUUCCAGCCCAUGGGUUGCAUGUGGUUGUACGACCAUUGGGCCGAGGGAAAGCUCGAGAAGAGACCUAGAUGGAUCGCCAUGGUCUGCUUCAGCUGCUUCGUUGUUAUUAGCGGCACCUUUUUGAUGAUUGCUGGAGCGUACGGCUCAGUUGUUGGAAUCAUGGACAGCUACAAGAAGUCUGGUGGAUCGGCCGCAUUUUCCUGCGCCGACAACUCGAAUUCUGUGUCCUCGGCCCAUUAA